CACCACUCUCAAUUUGCUUUUUGAACGAAACGGACGGACUUUAAAUCGACUAUGGCGAGGGCCGGAAUUCAGAUGCUGCUACUUGUUGCGGCGGUGGUGAUAAGUGCGGCCAGUGGCUCCAGCAUUCCGGAAGAGGUGGCCUACAAUCCCCUCGAGCACGACUCCCUCCAUGGCAAGCACUUCGAUGGGGGCGAGCACAAUGCCCAGUUCGACCACGAAGCCUUCCUGGGUCCCGAUGAGUCCAAGAAGUUCGACAACCUGACGCCGGAGGAGAGCAGGCGGAGAUUGGGCCUGAUUGUGGACCGCAUCGAUGAGAACAAGGACGGAUUCGUCACCUUGCCGGAGCUAAAGAACUGGAUUGCCUACACCCAGAGGCGCUACAUCGACGAGGACGUGGGCCGCCUAUGGAAGGAGCACAAUCCGGAGAAGAAUGAAAGCAUCAGUUGGGAGUCCUACAGGAAGACUGUCUACGGAUUCAUGGAUGACUUGAGCAACGAGGAGAAGGAAAAGGAGGAAAAUGGAAUCAGCUACAAGAGUCUGCUAAAGCGUGAUCGUAACCGCUGGGCGGCAGCCGAUCUGGAUUUGGAUGACAAGCUGACCCGGGAAGAGUUCACCGCCUUCCUGCAUCCCGAGGACCAUCCGAAAAUGAAAUAUGUGGUGCUGACCGAGACCAUCAACGAUCUGGACAAGGACAAGGAUGGUAAGAUCUCGGUGGACGAGUACAUUGGUGACAUGUACCGCGCUGCGGAGCCCGGAGACGAGGAACCCGAGUGGGUGGCCAACGAAAGGGAGGCGUUCUCAAAUCAUCGCGACCUGGACAAGGAUGGCUACCUGAACGUGGAGGAAGUUAAGCAGUGGAUUGCGCCCCACGACUUCGAUCACUCGGAGAGCGAGGCCAAGCACCUGAUGUUCGAGGCCGAUGUGGACCACGAUGAUCAGUUGACCAAGGCGGAGAUAUUGGACAAGUACGAUGUUUUCGUUGGCUCUCAGGCCACCGAUUUCGGCGAGGCCCUCGCACGCCACGAUGAGUUCUAGAGUCUAAGAGCCAAGGAUCAAAUGCCCAGCAUCCCAGAGAUUAAGAAUGAAUCUUUAACGAAUCUCCCAUUUCGCAUGCCAAAUAACUUGUAAAACCUGCCUAGAUCUUAAGACCAUUGAAAGUUCAUUAUAAAGCGACUCGAAUGAAGGGGCCAUAAACUAUGGCACCACGACUAAUUGAUUUGAGGUGAUUUGUUUAAUUGAAAGGCGUCCACGUCAGCUUUUGGAGCAUCAAUGGCCACGUCACUUCAACGAACGCCCCAUCCGCACACACAUGAGACCACUUGACCCCUCCUCUUUGCCCCGAACCACAGAUACGCCGCAUUUGCCUGGGUAACAUAUAAACAUAAAUGAUUUUCGCUGUAGCCCGAUUUAUUUCCAGCUGCGAGAACAUUCCAGCAAACGCACACACAAACGGAGAAACUAAAAGAGAGUAUACACUUAGAAAAAAUGCAAGGCCUUUCCAGUUGGCAUACAGCAAGAAUCUACAUACUUCCAUUAAAUUUGUACAAUGUUUAUUAAUUUUAAGAAAUUAAAUUGAUUUUAUCUAUGUUCUAACAUACUAACGAAUGAUUGAAUAAAAAGCAUUACGUUUGCUAAUAGAAAA